AGUACCGAUAGCUGCCGCCACCACCACCACCGUCUCCGCAGGUCGUUCAUGGCGGAGAUCCUCUUUGCUGGGCACCUCGACCUCCGUCUUGGCCCCGACUCCUUCAAGCUCUCCCCUCAUCCUCCAACGCCCCUCCCUCUCGGUCGCUUGCUCUCCAGAUCACCUUCGCUGCCUCUGCCGAGGUCCAGGACCGUGACGAAGCCCCUCUCUAGAUCCUUCUCCGAGAUACUAUCCGUCACCGAUUGCUCCGACGGCAGCACCAUCUUCCGAUUCGGUGAUGCGACCGAGGUGAAGCGGGACGAGGUUGCUGCUUCUGGAAACUGUGUUCUUGAGAAGGAUGUGGAAAACUCGGGGAAAGCAGACGCGAAAAAUCCAACGGAAAAUGAUUCUUGUGAGAUGAGCCAAGAAACACCAAAACGAUCCGAUCUUGAGAUGAAGGGAUUGGAACCAGUCGUAAUUGGAGCUGGGAUCUGUUUGGAGGAGACUGCGGUAGCCAGUGAAGAAAAGAUUACUGUUAACGAGGUAGAGAAGCCAGAAGCAACCAGGGAAUCUUGUGGUAACGGAGAAUUUAAGGGGUUGGCCGCACAACUAAGCCAAGAAAGCUGUGUCUCUGCAAUAGAUGAUGUUGGAUCUUUGAUAGAAGAUGAGGAAGAGGGUGUAAACUCCGUGGAUGUUUGCAAUAAGGUUGAUGAAGCAAAGUGUUGUGUUGAGUGGACAAACAUAUUAAUAGGACAUGCUUCUCGGAAUGAUGAUAAGGUAGUACGAGAUAUUGAUUCGGACAUUCAUGUUUCACCAGAAGAUCAGGUUGUUCAGUCUCUGGAUGAAGAUUCUGAUUCUGCUUUGAGAGCAUCAGUGAGAUCAGUUUGUCCGGCUAAAUGCAUGGAUAUGGAGGUGAAUUCUGUCAGUGAAACUUCACAAUUAUCGAGUAGUUCUUGUAUGGAUGAGUCAGAGGGUGAAUCAAGCUAUGGAACUCAAGUAGAAAAGGCACCAGAAUAUAGUGAAGGGAGAACCUCUGAUAUGGACAUUGACUUUGGAGAUAACUCACUUGAUGUAAUGACUUUUGAAGCAACUAAAGAACAUAAGGAAUCAAGAAGCCCUGAUAUGGAUGACGAGGUGAAAGAUGUUCAUGGUGAUGGAAUGCUCCAACAUAGUGGUAGUUUUGAGAAUCUAGAAAUCCCAGUUCAUGAGACUAUUCAAAUCAUGGAAGCCCAAUUUGAAGAUAUCGGGGCUUCACAAGUGUCUAGGGCAGCUCAGGACAUCACUGAUGUGGAUGUGGAAUUAAUCUCUUCUUAUUCAGAUGACCAUGGGGACAGCAAUACUGUUGAAAGCUUAGUCAAAGCUGAAACCAUUGGUGGAAUGAGACAAGAUGAGAAUGCUGAAGUUGCAGGUUAUAAUAGGGUGGACCAGGUACCAGCACACUUUCUUUCCUUGUCUUCUGGAGCUGCAAUCUUACCUCAUCCUUCAAAGGCAUUGACAGGUGGUGAAGAUGCGUACUUUGUGGCUUUGAAUAACUGGUUUGGUGUAGCUGAUGGAGUCGGACAGUGGUCCCUAGAAGGAAUCAAUGCGGGGUUAUAUGCCAGAGAACUGAUGGAGAAUUGUGAGAGAUUUGUCUCAAAAUAUGAAGGAACUAAACCAGAUGAAAUCUUAACCAAGGCUGCCGCUGAAGCAAGUUCUCCAGGCUCGUCCACGAUUUUGGUUGGUUAUUUUGAUGGACAGGUUCUUCAUGUAGCUAAUAUUGGAGAUUCUGGAUUUAUUGUGAUAAGGAAUGACACAGUUUUGAAAAGGUCUACUCCGAUGGUUUAUGGGUUUAACUUUCCCUUCCAGAUUCAGAGGGGUGAUGACCCUUCGAGAUACAUUGAGAUGUACAAAAUUGACUUGCAUGAAGAGGAUGUUGUUGUGACCGCAACUGAUGGCCUGUUCGACAAUCUAUAUGAGCAUGAAGUAGCAGACAUUGUGUCAAAAUCGCUGCAAGCGAGUCUGAAGCCCAGGGAAAUCGCAGAGAUCCUAGCAACAAUGGCACAGGAAUUGGGGAGAUCAGCAUCAGCUAGAAGUCCUUUUGCAGAUGCAGCCCUUGCAGCUGGGUAUCCUGGCUUCACUGGAGGUCUUGUUUGCUUGCCAUCUUUUACUUUGGUAGUACAGCUGCAUGAAUCUGAAGAAUAAUUGAAUUAGAAGCAAAUCUUAUAGUUCAAGAGAUUCAUGAAAAACUUGGCAUCUUGAUAUUGAUAUUCUCGCAACUUAUUUUAAUAUAUGAAGUUUAUUUAUAACAUAACAGAAUUUUCUCAUUGUUCAAUAAAAUCCAAGAGACUAAAUAAUGUGUGUUUCUCAUGCCUCAUUUUUGUUGUUAUAAUUCUCAGAUUUGUUAUAAAUGAUGAGGUGGCUAAUUCUACUUAAGUUUGGUUAAAACAUAAUUUCCUA